AUGCAUUUCAUCCUGAUCCUCCUUUUGUGUGGCUGUCCAUGGAUUUCUACAGUGAAAGCGGAAUGCAAUGGUGGAAUUGACCUGUGCAAUCGAUCCUACAGCAAUAUCACACACCUGAUUACACAUGAUUCCUACGCACUGACACCUAAUAUUGCUGCAACACAAGAUUACAACAUCAUCAAUCAACUGAAUGAUGGUGUUCGGGGAAUUAAGCUCUCUGCUGUACCCUCGAUUGGCAACCCAGAGGCAAUUCACCUUUGCCAUACAUUCUGCACUGUGUUGGACGCAGGGCUGGUAUCCGAUACAUUAAAUAGCAUUUCUCAAUGGCUCAAGGAAAACCCAAAAGAAGUUGUAACAAUCAUGUGGAAUAAUCUUUACAAUUUCAGGGCAACCCAGUUAGCAGCCGCCUAUGAAGCGAGUGACAUUAUGCCCUUCAUCUACUUGCACAACAACACUGCGUGGCCCACGCUGCAAGAGAUGAUUGACACCGACAAACGAUUAGUCAAUUUUGUGGAUGCUGAAGCGGAUACUGCUCAAGUGCCCUGGUUGAUGGAUCAAUUCUCACAUGUCUUUGAGACGCCUUACGACAAUGUCGAUGCGGAUUCGUUUAAUUGCAACGUCGAUAGAAUUACAAAGGACGUUGAACCCCAUAACAUGAUGUAUGUCAUGAAUCAUUUCAUCUACAGUGUCAUUGAAAUGGGAGCUCUCAAGAUUGAAAUACCAUUCAAGGAAAAGGCUGCAUCAACAAAUGCAAAAGAAUCCAUCGGCAAACAUGCCUCGAACUGUACCUCUGUCUUUCAAAAAAAGCCAAGUUUUGUAGAGGUUGAUUUUUAUACCAUAGGUGAUGCCCUUUCCGUGGUCUCUGAUUUAAAUGGCGUACCACCUACUCCCUUGAUCCGUAAACAGCCACUUCCACUGGUGGAUGGUAACAACACACUGGCAAUUAAGAAAAGCAACUUGUCACCAACAGAUCAUGUCCUUAUUGACAACGUUUCCUCUAAAGGCGAAAAGCUGGUGCUUAGUCAUCAUUGGUGCCAUCUGACAUUGCUUAUUGCCAUGUACUUGAUUAGAUUUUAA